AUGCUUGAUGAAACUCCAUUGCACAAAGCAUGUGCAAAUGGUCACCUUGACGUGGUGAAUUAUUUAUUAGAAGAAGAAAUUAGUGUCGAUGUGAAAGAUGCGAAGCAGGUCUCCUCAUUGCACGAGGCGAGUACGAAAGGCCACAUUGAAGUGGUGAAGGUUCUGCUGAGCUGGAAAGCUCGUUUUAAUAUGGAAGACAAAUGGCAGGUGACUCCGUUGCACAACGCUGCUGCAAAUGGUCAUAUUGACGUGGUUAUGGUUUUAGUGGGAUACGGUGCCAAUUCAAAUACACGAGACGGAUGGCAGGUAGAUUUAGCCGCCACGAGAAUCUAA